AUGGAUUUCGCUGUAGUACGCGCCGCCAAGCAAGAAGAUUGCAAAGAUGUGUCUAGAAUGAUUAUGGAGUUGGCCGUAUAUAUGAAUAUGCCAAACCAGGUGAAGAUUUCACAUAAAGAGCUGGAACAAGAUGGCUUUUCUGAAAUCCCCUUCUUUCACUGCCUUGUUGCAGAGGGCCCUGAGGAACACAAGAGCAAAGAAGGACAUACAACGGUGGGGUAUGCCUUAUACUUUUAUACCUACAGCACAUGGAAAGGACGGGCAGUGUAUUUGGAGGACCUUUAUGUGAUGCCAGAAUUCAGAGGGAAGGGCAUUGGAAAAGCACUACUAAGCAAAGUGGGUAAGGAACAGCAGUGUGUGCGCCUGCAGUUUAAAGUGCUGGACUGGAGCACUCCGUCCCUGGACUUCUACUUCUCCAAGGGAGCCCAGGACCUGACCGCCACUGAGGGCUGGCACUUACUCCGAUUUGACGGGGAAGCACUUGACAGACUGGCGAACGAAGCACCCAAAAUGAACCUUUAA